AGUUGGUGCAUCAUGUUAUGUGAAAAAUAUUUUUUAUUAUGUGUCUUAAGUUUUUUAAUUUUUUUUAAAUCUACAASUACUGUCCAUGCUUUAAUAGAUCCAAUCACAGGGACUUUUGUUGUAGGAGCUUUUGUGACUGGAUAUUUUCUAAAUAAAUCAAAUUAUCAAUUCCCUUUUUUUAGUACUUGUCCUAAAACAUUUGAAAUUAAAGAUUUAGAGCGUGAAAUGAAAAAAAACUUUUUUGGGCAACAUAUUGCAUCAAAGAUUAUAGUAUCUGCUUUGGCAGGUAAUUUGCAUCGGAGCAAAAAUAACAAGAAACCAUUAGUAAUGAGUUUUCAUGGUUGCACUGGUUCUGGAAAAAAUUUUUUGUCAGAUUUGAUUGCUAGUCAUAUGUUCAAAGACGAAAAAAUUAAGAAAAUACGAUAUCAUGUUAUUCAUGGACAAUCUGAGUUUCCUAUUCAUUCAAAUAUAAAUUAUUAUAAGGAAAAACUUCGUUUUGAUGUGAAAUCCGCUAUAAAAUCAUGCGAUACAAAUUUAUUUGUUUUUGAUGAAAUCCAUUAUAUACCUUUGGGUAUAUUAGAUGUACUAAUACCAAUUCUUGAAAACAAUGAUGUGUCUAUUGAUUCUAGGAAUUCAAUUUUUAUAUUUUUAACUAAUGCAGGCAGUGAUGCUAUUAUAAAAAAAUACUUAGAUCUUUGGGAUAAUGGAUUUUCUAGAGAGAUGAUGAAAGUUCAAGAUUUUGAUACCAUUUUAUUAAAAUCUGCUUUCAAUGAAGAAGUGAAAUAUUGCGGAUAA